AUGUCAUCGGCCACCCUGUCGUCCACGGAACUCGUCAGCAACGCAGUGGCUCACGUCGCCACGACCAUGGGGCCACACUUUGCUCGGCAAAUCAUGCGCUCCUACAACAAUCAGACCGUCGUCGACAAAGUGCCACCCGAUAUGCUUGAUCGCGUUGGCGAGCACUGGUAUGGAUUUCCGCCUCUUCUACCCCUUUGGCAUAAAGUAUUAGGUAUUGUCAUGAUAUUUAUUGGAAUGCUCGGUUGGUGUGGUAAUUUGGCAGUCGUUUAUAUUUUCGUAUUGACACCCGCACUGAGAUCACCGAGCAACGUGCUCGUGAUAAAUUUGGCAUUCUCAGAUUUUGUAAUGAUGAUAGCCAUGUCCCCGCCAAUGGUCAUCAAUUGCUACUACGAAACAUGGAUAUUAGGGCCGUUAAUGUGUGACAUUGAAGCUUUGAUUGGUUCGUUAUGUGGUGGAGCUUCUAUAUGGACGAUGACAGCAAUUGCUUACGACAGAUACAAUGUCAUUGUCAAGAUGAAAAUAGGAACAAGAAGUAAUUUAUUUUCCUACUGA